UAUUAUUUCUUUGCAUUCCUUUGCCUUUUCUUAUUCUAAAUAAAGCCUGUUCAGUCCAACCUGACCAGUUGAAUGAAGCAGAAACUAAAAGAGAUUUGGAUGGUACAACUAAUGGAAAGGAAUUCAUGUUUGAAGCCUGAGCUCCUGGUGAAAUGAUACGCAGAACAAGUCUGAUUUAAUUUUAUACAAACUCAUCAGUUCCCAUUCAAGUCCACAUCCACUCCACACACAGGCCUAAAGCUUCUGGCACACAGAGCUGCGGCGGGCUAAUUCUCCGUAAGCUAWUCCCCAAACAAACAUUCGCAAACUCUCACAAACACCAGACAGGGGAAUUUCCUGGGGAAUAAGCUCGGGGGGCAUCAGCAGUAUUCCUGGCCAGGAGUCACAUCAUGACUGAGGGGACACAGAGYUGGAGAGGGAGGGAGAGAUAGAGAGAGAGAAAACAAUGAGGGUGAUGGAGGAAUCAACAGCUGACCUCAUUGUUCCAGAAAGAUCCGCCUSUUUGCACAAUCCCCUAUGCAAAGUGGGCAUGGAAGGCUAGAUGGAUGGGUUGGGAGAGGAAGAUGUAUAAAUGCAGAGCAGGAGAGCAGAGCAGCACCCACCUCAACCUGAGCUUCCCUCGCGCCUUCAGUCCUCUCAGCUCUCAAAGAGUCUCGCCAUGGAUAUCUCCAUUCAGCAUCCCUGGUACCGCAGGGUCUUCCCAAACCGCCUCCCUGACUUUUACUUGGCAGAACAGCACGCUGACUGGCCUCUGACAAGGCCCUGGCCCUGGAACUUCUUCCGGAUGCACCCGUCAUUCCCGCACUGGCCUGAAAAUGGACACACUGAGAUGCGCAUGGAGAAGGAUCGCUAUGUCAUUUAUCUGGAUGUGAAGCACUUCUCGCCCGAUGAGCUGUCCGUCAACGUCAGUGACGACUUCAUCACUGUCCACGCCAAGCAUGAAGAGCGACAGGACAGUGACGGCUUUGUGUCAAGAGAGUUCCUCCGAAAGUACAGGCUUCCAUCUGGCGUGUCGACGGCUGACGUCACCUCCAAUCUGUCACCUGAUGGCGUGCUGACGAUCACAGCACCGCGGUCGUCUCCUGGACAGGAGCACAGCGUUCCCAUUACUUUUGACAACGGAAAACAAAAACACAAAAAUGUCGAGUAGAGUCCGACAGCCUCUGAAGCUGUUUUACUGCUAACUCCUGAUGCUAUUUUGUUUUUAUGUUGGCAUUUCAGCGCACAUCUUAAUCUGGAACCGUUGAAUCAAAGAACAAGUGCCGUUUAAUAAAAGCUGCUAACUUCUAACUUUGAAGGCUCAACAAAAACGUGAUGCCUCUAUAACAAGUGUAUGUUUGAUUUCUACAGACCCACAGAGAUUUGCAAGAUAUUUAGCUUUAAAAAUAAAGCACAUUUACUUGUCGUAGUACAGCAUUCUUGUUUUUCAUGGGGUGUUUAGAUUUAACAAGCCUCUGCAGGGUCUGCACUUUUAGAGGGGAUAUUCUGAGCCCAGAAGAAGCCAAACCAGCUUCCUAAAUCUGCUAGAUCCAAUGAUUCAGACCAGCAAUAAAAGCUGAGACCUGAAAAAUCCCCCCUGCGAAAAACAGCGAAAGUCUAAAACAGUCAAACAACAACUGCAUCUACAUGGUACAAAAACUGAGGAGUAUGAGUAAGAUGCCAACUAUGUUCUCUGUGAAAACACUGCUGGGUUCUGUAAGUGUGAGGAGGAGGUUCUGAGGAGGCGUUGAUGCGUUGUUUUAAAUGCUUUAUCAAAGAAAGUUGCUUAAAAGCGUCAGGCGUCUGCUCAAAUGCGAGGGAGAAGCAAGAUGAGCGAGUGGGCAGGUGACAGGAUGAUGGAUGAGGACAGGACUAAUAUAGUUUUUAUCACUGGGCUCAUUCUUUUCUUCUUUGGGAACACAACCCAUGCUGCUAAUUAUAGUGUUUUAUGUUUGUGCUGUAUGAGUGUCAGUGCAUUUUUAGAUGUAAGACUUGCAUCUUUACUAGACUGACUUUUUGUUUUAUUUACACAAAAGCACUAAAUAGUCAAAUAAAUGUCAAAACUGAAAUGAAA